AGCUGUACCUUAUUUAAGAGAGAGAGAGAGAGAGAGAGAGAGAGCGAGCGGGAACUUUCGUAAUUUGUGAGUAGAAGGUCUCUGAAUCUGAAAAAUGGCGAGCAUCGAAGCAGAGAAGGAGCAAACCAUGGAGAUGGAGUCCCAUAACCCAACCAACCAGGAGGAUGCCACUAGAGACGACGUCGUCUCCGUCGAUCUCCCUGCUCCCCAAGGCUGGAAGAAGAAGUUCACUCCGAAGAAAGGUGGGACCCCUAGGAGGAAUGAGAUAAUGUUUAUUUCCCCUACAGGUGCAGAGAUAAAGAAUAAGAAACAAUUGGACCAGUAUCUCAAAUCUCACCCUGGAGGCCCGUCUGCAUCUGAAUUUGACUGGGGCACAGGUGACACUCCUAGGCGCUCUGCAAGAAUUGGUGAGAAAUCAAAGGCAAUAGAUACCCCAGAAAGCGAGCCCACCAAGAAAGUGCAGAAGAAAUCAAGCUCAAAGAAGGGAGAAAAAGAGAAGGACGAUAUUGAUGAAGACGGUGAGACUGCUGAAGAGAAAGAAGUAACUGAAGAAGAAAUCAAAAAAAGUGCUAACAUGGAAUUGAAAGAUGUAAUGGAGGACGUGGGAGACCAUAGCAAAGGAGUGGCAGUUGCUACAGAAUCAGAAAUGGAAGAUGUGGAGACAGCUGCUGUGGAUAAAGACAAUAUGGAAGACUCAGAGCAGAAAAACAAGGUAGAGAUUGAUGAGACAAGCAAGGAGAAACCAGAGAGUGAUGAUGUAGGGAAUAAAUCACUGCUGAUGUCAGAUCUCGAGCUGGCAGGGACUGAAGCACUGUCCCAACCACCGGUGCCCAAUGAGACUGUGCCACCUCAGCAAGAUGCAAAAAUUGUAAAAGAAGAGCAACACAACAAAGAGACGCCAACUGAGAAAGUGGACAAAGUGGAGGAAGAUGAAUCAGACAAGAACGACAUGAAAGACCCAGAGGUGGGAAAAGCUGUGGAGAAUCAUUCAAUGAGUUGCGAGGAAGCACCCCAUGAGCCUAAGGCCCCUCAGGUUAACUGUUGAUGUUUCUUUAGGCUCUUCAUGUACCCUUAACGGUCCGUCUUUUUCACAUAAUUUUGUUUGUUCGUUUGUUUAGUUUGGGUAUCUAAUCGACAAUGAUAGAUCUGUUUUUGUAUCAUCGUCAUUAGUUAUGUAGAACUUUAAUGAUGAACUUGUUGACUUGUCAGAACACAAUUCAUGACUGUCGUUGGUACCUUGAUGUAAUCUAAAUAUGACUGUUUAGCUUCACUGAAUUUCACUUUUUAUGAAAUUGGAUUACCUUUCGACUCA